AUGGAGAAUGAUUUCAAGACUGAGUCAUUAUCAUCUACCUUUACUCUUCAAAGUUCUUCAGAGACAUUGUUUUCUAUUCAGCUAUUAGAUUUCAAAACAAGUUUACUGGAAGCACUAGAAGAAUUGCGUAUGAGAAGGGAAGCAGAAACUCAAUAUGAAGAGCAGAUUGGUAAAAUUAUUGUGGAGACACAAGAACUUAAAUGGCAAAAGGAAACUCUUCAGAAUCAAAAGGAAGCAUUAGCAAAGCAACACAAAGAAACAAUGGCAGUUUUUAAAAAGCAGUUGCAAAUGAAGAUGUGUGCCUUGGAAGAAGAGAAGGGAAAAUAUCAACUUACUAUAGAAAUUAAAGAAAAAGAAAUAGAAGGAUUGAAGGAAACAUUAAAAGCAUUACAGGUUUCUAACUAUUCUUUACAGAAGAAAGUGAGUGAAAUGGAACAAAAGGUACAGUUACAUCUAAUAGCUAAAGAAGAUUAUCUUAAGCAACUGAGUGAAAUUGAGAAAUACUAUGUCACAAUAACAGGUCAAUUUGGAUUGGUAAAAGAGAAUCAUGAAAAGUUAGAACAAAAUGUACAGGAAGCAAUACAAUUAAACAAAAGACUUUCAGCUUUAAAUAAAGAACAAGAAUCUGAAAUAUACAGUUUAAAGAAGGAACUAAAAAAACUAGCCUCAGACUUAAUCAAGUCCAAGGUCACAUAUCAACAUAAAAUGGGAGAAGAAAACAUCAGUCUAACUAUCAAAGAACAAAAAUUUCAAGAACUUCAAGAAAGACUCAAAAUGGAAUUGGAAUUAAAUAAGAAGAUUAAUGAAGAGAUUACCCAUAUUCAAGGAGAAAAACAGGAUAUCAUCAUUUCUUUUCAACAUAUGCAGCAGCUACUUCAGCAACAAAUUCAAGCUAAUACUGAAAUGGAGGCAGAAUUGAAGGUGCUAAAAUUAAUUGGGCAGACCCUUCAGAGAGAUAAUGAGCUGCAAAGGGAGAAGGUAAAAGAAAAUGAAGAAAAGUUCCUUAAUCUUCAAAAUGAGCAUGAGAAAGCACUGGGAACUUGGAAAAGACAUGUUGAAGAACUUACUGGAGAAAUUAAUGAAAUUAAAACUGAAUUAUCAUCACUUAAAGAAACUCAUAUUCAGUUACAAGAACAUUGCAAUAAAUUAUGCAAUCAGAAAAAGGUUGAAGAAGACAAGAAGUUUCAGGAUGUUCCAGAAGUAAAUAAUGAAAACAGUGAAAUGUCAACUGAAAAAUCAGAAAACCCUGACAUUCAAAAAUAUAAUUCUGAGCAAGAAAUAAGGGAAGAAAAUACUGAGAGUUUUUGUUUGGAUACUGAAGACAGAGAAAAAGAGGAAAAGAAAGAAGACCCACAUGUAGAAGAAAUCAUUAUAGAAGACUUACAGCUUUUUGAGAAAAGCUUCAAGAAUGAAAUUGAUACUACUGUAUCUCAGGAUGAAAAUCAAAGUGAAAUCUCCCUAAGCAAAAUUCUCUGCAUAGAUAAAGUAAUUAGUCAAGAACAAACCUUAAAUGUUACUGACAUUAGAAAAUCAGUUACUACAGAAAUAAAAGACAACAUGUGCUUGGAAAAAGACAAUGGAUGUACAGUAUGUAAGUCACCAAAUAAUCCUUUUUUAGUGGUAGAUACAUCAGUAGAAACAGAAAAGAUACAAGAAAGAACUGAAGGAUUAAAUCUUCACCAUGCAGAUGUACAUCUGAAGCUUGAAAGUAACAGAUCGUUAUUUAAUAGUAUUUUAAAUGAGAUGGCUCAUAGGAUAAAUCAUAAUGAAGAUGUUUCUGAAAACGAACCAUUCAAACAACAGUUGAGAUCACUUCCAGGGAUUCAAGAAAAUGCUACAGAGAAGGAAAUUACAGAUAGUGACCAAACCAAAGCAGAUUUGGAUUCCUCUCAAGAUGUAAAAAAGAAUACUGUUCAGUGUCAGAAAUACCAUUUACAGAAUUCAAGUAAUGUUAUGUUAGAUGAUAAACAAUGUAAAAUAAAACAAAUACCACUAUUAGAUAAAAAAACUGAGUACAGCAUAUUACCUUUUAAACAAACUUCAGAUUUUCAGCAAAUCUAUAAUGAUAUUUUAGAAAAACCUGAACUUACUGUUCCCUGUGAUACAGUAAUCAAUCACCCCAUUUCAUCGGCUGCUUUCACUGAUAAUUUGAAAGUACUUAACAGUUCAGAUAAAAAUGUUAAUAGUAUGUCUAUGUUGGUGAAACCCAAUUCAAGCCCUGUGGAAAGAACUAUGUGGGAAAAUAUGAAUGAUAUACAAAACAGUCAAUUUAAAAGCUGUUUUGGAUAUUUAGAAAACAGUAAUGUGACCAUUUCUCCUCUUCAGGUUAAUGAUGAGAAUAGUCAUGCUUCACAGGCCAAAGAUGUGAAAACUGCUAUUCACAUGAAAACUUCUACAGAAAUUCAGUUUUCCAGUAAACAGAGUCAGAUUGAUGAGGAUCAGAUAACUGAAAACACAAAAAAUGACCUCUUCCUCUUGGUGAAUGUUAAUGAAAGACAGCAUACUUUGUUAAAUAAUACAGAGAAAACAGAGCCAUUAAAUGACAUUGUUUCAGGAAAAAUGUACAGUGAAGGACAGCUGGAUGAAUCACAUUCAUUUCACAUAAAGCCAUCUGCGGAUUUAGUAAACAGAAGUGGAAGGUCAGCCUUUGAUCUUUCAACUUCAGAUAAAAAAACUGACAAAACUCCAGCAUGCAUGAAGUUUUCAGACCCCAGUACUUGGUCAAAAGUAAAUCAAAUUGAAAGUCAAACAGCGAGGACUUCAACUUCUAGCAUUUCCUUGUUGCUGGAGGAGAGACCAGUAAGUCCUUUAGAAAACAAAAACAUCAUUUCAACGACUUUUUGUAAAAAUGUUGGUGUGGAUGAUGUCAGAAAUGAUAUUGGACCAGAUACUACCAGCAUUAACAGAGUUGCUGACACUUUGAAUAACCAGAGUAUCCAUCCAGAUCCCAAGGGAGAGUCCAGUGAAGAGAGGAAUGCAAUUGCAAAGACUUUUUGUGAUUCUUCUUUUCCCACAGAACAUGUGAAAACAGAGCCUCUGAAAUCAACUCUGCUCCAAGGUCAUUUUCAGAAAAUCAAGAUUAAAGAUGCUACUGAUUUGGCUGCCUCUUCACCUGGUGAGGAUAACUGGCAGAACCUCAUAACAAAUCAAAUACAUGAAAUUGAAAAGAUGCUAAGCUUAGAAAAUGAUAACCAGCCUAAAAAAAGAAAAGCAGAAGAGAUGUUAGGAAAAAAAACAGAUUAA